AUACAAAAUUUCUCAAUAUAAACACCCCAAGAAGAACGAAACUUAUGGCGCCCUCUCCAACGUUACACCGCCCUACUCAAAUUCUUGCUUCUCUAAUGAUUUAGUUGGGCGAAAUUUUUUUUGGGUUUUUCAGUUUUCUUGUUAAGUCUUUCUUUUUGAUAAACAAAAAGAAAUUGGCGGAUUGUUGUAAAUUUUGAUCUGGGGUGGUGAAAGAAUCAUGGAGGAGAGUCGGUUUUAUCAGUGGAGUGUAAUUCGAUCUAUAUUAGCCAUCGUUCAAUGGUGGGGUUUCAACGUUACUGUUAUUAUCAUGAACAAAUGGAUUUUCCAGAAACUGGAUUUCAAGUUUCCUUUAUCUGUGUCGUGUAUACACUUCAUAUGCUCAGCAGUCGGCGCAUACCUGGUAAUUAAAGUGCUAAAACUUAAGCCACUUAUUCAUGUCGACCCUGAAGAUCGCUGGAGGAGGAUCUUUCCCAUGUCAGUUGUAUUUUGUAUCAACAUAGUCUUAGGGAACGUGAGCCUGCGUUACAUUCCUGUUUCAUUUAUGCAAACGAUAAAGUCAUUCACACCAGCAACAACAGUUUUCUUACAGUGGAUAGUCUGGAGAAAGCACUUUGAUUCCCGAAUUUGGGCUUCUUUAAUUCCCAUUGUUGGAGGGAUUUUGUUAACUUCAAUCACUGAGCUCAGUUUUAAUAUGUUUGGCUUUUGUGCUGCUUUAUUUGGUUGCCUUGCUACGUCUACGAAGACAAUUCUUGCUGAGUCUCUAUUACACGGAUACAAAUUUGACAGCAUAAACACAGUCUAUUAUAUGGCACCUUUCGCAACAAUGAUCCUGGCUGUGCCAGCCUUGUUAUUGGAAGGACCGGGUGUUAUUGAAUGGUUUCGCACGUGUCCCUCCCUGUUCUCAUCCCUUAUUAUUAUUUUCGGGUCUGGAGUAUUUGCAUUUUGCCUGAACUUCUCCAUCUUUUACGUUAUUCACUCUACAACUGCUGUCACCUUUAACGUUUCAGGGAACCUUAAGGUUGCUGUUGCUGUUACAUGUUCAUGGCUGAUCUUUCGAAACCCAAUAUCAUCUUUUAAUGCUAUGGGAUGUGCUAUAACACUCAUUGGCUGUACAUUCUACGGGUACGUGAGGCACAAGCUCUCGCAACAAUCACCUGGAACUCCUUUAACUCCUCGAACUCCUAAGGGUAAGAUGGAGUUGAUUCCUUUGGUAAACGGAAAAUUAGACGAUAAAGUUUAACAGUCUUGGCCUAGUAGAGAAUGACAAUAGCCUAUUCAUAUAGAAAAAAGAUAAGUUCUGUUCUCUGAUUUACAAUCACCUGUAAGGUUCAAUUGAAAACUCUACCCAUUUUUCUUUCCCACCCCAAUCUCCUUUAGCCUUGUGGCAUGUUUGGGAAGAAAAGUCGAAUAAUUACGGACAUUAUUACAUACGAAAAAUAAGUUAAAAUUUUGUUUAUUA